UGCCUGUAACGGCAAGUACUAAGUUUAGGCACAGCGCAGAUCCGUGUCAGACAAGCUGUGUCCCGGCCGUAUCUCCUGCUUUGUCCCUCCUUCCAGAAGCUCAUCAGAACCACUCAUCCUCAAUUACCUGCCCCGUUCGCCCAUCGGUGUCCGUCGCCCCUCCGGUGACAUGAACGUCCAGCCGUGUGCCAGGUGCGGGUACACAGUGUACCCUGCCGAGAAGAUCAACUGCAUCGGCCAGAAUUGGCAUAAGUCAUGCUUUCACUGCGAAGUAUGCAAGAUGGUCCUCACUGCCAACAACUGUGUCAGCCACCAAAAGAAACCCUAUUGCCAAACACAUAACCCCAAGAACAACACGUUCACCAGCGUCUACGAGACCCCCGUCAACAUCAACGCCAAAAAGCAAAGUGAAGCCGUCAGUGAGAUUAAAUACCGGGAGGACGGCGAGCGGUAUAUGUCUACCUUCCACUAUGACAUGAGGUCGAAGGAAGUAGAACAUGCCCGCAAAGUCAGCCAGCUCGCUAGCCAGAAGGCAUAUAAGGCUGAGUAUGAAGAGCAGAAGACCUGGUUCUCUGAGACCAACCAAGAAUAUGUGCGUGUCACUCAAGACCAGAGGACAAUCAGUGAUCUGAAGCAGACUGAGGAGUUUGAGCAGAGCACAGGGAAGGGCAGCUAUCCUGUCAUGAUCACCCCGGCCUACCAGCAUGCAAAGCAGGCCUCUAGCCUGGCCAGCAAUCUGGAGUACAAGCGUGGACAUGAAGAGCGAAUCUCAAAGUUCACAACGGUGACUGACACUCCUGAGAUCCUGCUGGCCAAGUCCGGGGGGAAGCUCGCUAGUGAUUACAACUACACAGAGGAAUAUUUACAGCAGAAAGGAAAAGGCAGCUUCCCAGCUCACGUCACUCCUGGGUACCAAGCUGCCAGGAAAGCUGGAGAGAUGGCCAGUGACGUGAAGUACCACGAGAAGUACGAGAGGGAGCUGAAGGGCAAAGGAAGCUCUGAGGCCGGGACGAUGGAAUUUGCACUCGCUCGGGAAAACGCAGAGAACUUCAGCCAGCACACCUACACCGAGGAAUACGAGCAGCACAAAGGGAAGGGAAGCUUUCCCGCCAUGAUCACGCCGGCCUACCAGCUGGCUAAGAAGGCCCACGAUCUGGCGAGCGAUCUAAAAUACAAGCAGGACCUCUCGAAGAUGAAAGGCCAGGCUCACUACCACACAAUGACCACUGAGGACAACCUAGCUCUCAAGACUGUGCGUAAGAUCAACAAGCUGGUCAGUGAGGUUGAGUAUAAGAAGGAUCUGGAGAACACCAAAGGACACAGCAUCAACUACUGUGAGACGCCGCAAUUCAAGAACACAUCUAAGAUGUCCAAAUUCACCAGUGAUAUCAGGUACAAAGAGAAGUAUGCGAACCACAUAAAGGGGCACUACGAAGGCUCCGGUCUGGACAGGAAGACCGCGCACGCCAUGAAAGCGCGAAAGCUGGCCAGCAACAUCGCCUAUAAGUCAGACUAUGAGCAGGAGAAGGCUGAGCAGACAGAGUAUAACUACCCAGCCACCAAUACCCCAUCCUACCAUACACAGAAGAAACUGGAGCCGCUGAAGGAUGUGAACUACAGACAGCACAUCGACAAGCUGAGGUACAGUUCAGUGACAGACACCCCAGACAUCGUGCAGGCCAGAAUCAACUCUCAGCAGCUCAGUGACCUGAAUUACCGGGCCAGUUACGAGAAGACUAAGACCCAGUACACUCUGCCAGAAGACCUCCCCCAGAUCAGAACUGCUAAGGCUAAUGCUGAGUUGUACAGCAAUGUAAGCAGCCAGCUUGAUAUUUUCUGGUUUUAAGUUUGGAACUAUGGUCUCCAGGCUAAAUUUCCACAUGGAAGUUUACUAGACUUGUGUGUGUCAUCUUAACAGAUAAAGUACAAAGAAUCAUUCAUGAAAAGCAAGGAUAAGGCUGUUGGUGUCAACGUGAGUGACUCCAAGACACUGCAUUCUCUCCACGUGGCCAAGAUGAACAGUGAGGUGGCCUACAAGAAAGGCUUUAAGGAGAACCAGGGUCAGUACCACCUCUCCCUGGACAUGAUGCAGCUCAGCCAGGCCAAAAAGGCCCAGGCGUUGGCCAGUGACCUGGACUACAGGAAGAGGCUCCACGAGUACACAGUGCUGCCGGAUGACAUGAAGGUGCAGCAGGCUAAGAAGGCCUAUGAGCUACAGAGUGAGAACCAGUACCGUUCUGAUCUAAACUGGAUGAAAGGGGUAGGCUGGGAGGCAGAUGGGUGCUUGGAUGUCAAACAGGCCAAGAAGGCUGGAGACCUACUGAGCGACAAAAAGUAUCGUCAGAGGGUGGACCAAGUGAAGUUCACCCAGGUGGCUGAUACCCCCUCCAUCAAACGCGAGCUUCAGAGUGGGCUGGCGUACAGGGCUGGCACGGAGCAGGUGUUACACCAAUACACCAUGAGCAAAGACGAGCCACUGUUUCUGCAGGCCAAGGCCAACGCUGACCUGUUGAGUGCGAAAGUGUACAGAAGCAGCUGGGAGCAGCAAAGAGACAAGGGAUUCGAGCUGCGCAUGGACGCACUGUCCAUCCUGACCGCCAAAGCCAAGCGUGACCUCGCCAGUGAUGUAAAGUACAAGGAGCAGUACGAGAAGACAAAGGGCAAGAUGGUGGGAGUGAAGGGAGUGUCCGAGGACUCCCAACUAGCUCACGCUACAUGGGCGUCACGGCUGCAGAGUGACCGUGACUACCGGCAAAGAUACAAGGACUCCAAGACCUUAUAUAGCGUCUCGCUGGACAUGAUGGCCCUGAGCCACGCCCGCAAGGCCCAGGACCUGGCCACGGACACAAGCUACCGCAGUGUGCUGCACCAGUACACCAGCCUUCCCACCGACAUGGCGAUGACCUGGGCCAGAAAGGCCUACAACCUGCAGAGCGACAAACUGUACCGAUCAGACCUGAACUGGAUGAAAGGUGUUGGCUGGGCAACUGCAGGGUCGCUCGAUGUAGAGCAGGCGAGGAAGGCCACGGACAUGGCCAGUGAGAAAAAGUACCGGCAGCAGGUCAGCGCCCUGAAGUUCACCAGCGUGGAGGAUACGCCAGAGAUGGUCCAGGCCAAGAUCAGCAACAAGCAGGCCGUAGAUAGACUUUAUCGGGAGAAGGGGGAGAAUAUGAAGCACCACUAUACCCUGACCAACGAGCUGCCUGAACACAUCCAGGCCAAACUCAACGCCAUGAACCUCAGUGAGACACGCUAUAAAGAGUCCUGGACCAAGCUCAGGGACACUGGAUAUAAAUUGCGACUGGAUGCUAUACCUUUCCAAGCAGCAAAAGCAUCCACAGACAUCCUCAAUGAUCAUAAGUACAAAGAGGAGUUUGAGAAGAGCAAGGGCCACAUCAUUGGCCUGAAGGGGGUGCAGGACGACAUCAACAUGAGCCACGUGGUUCGGUCUGGAGAGCUGCAGAGCGAUCUCAAGUACAAGAAGAAGUCUGCAAAGAUGCUCUCCCAGUUCCACCAGUCCAUGGACAUGCUGGAAGUGAUCCAUGCCAAAAAGGCCCAGUCUCUGAUCAGUGAUAAGGAGUACCGGCUGACCCUGCACAACUACACCGCCCUGCCCGAUGAUCUGAAGCUGCAGGCUGCAAAGAGGGCUUCCAUCCUGCAGAGCGAGAAACACUACAGAUCUGACCUGAACUUCCUGCGGGGGGCAGCCUGGAUCGGCACCGGUGCCGUGCAGAUCGAGGGGUCCAAACGCGCCUCUGACCUCAUCAGCGAGAGGAAGUACCGGCAGCAUCCGUUCCACUUCAAGCACACCUCUGUCGCUGACUCGCCAGACAUCGUCCACGCGAAGUUCAGCAACAAGAUCAGCAACGAGCGGCUUUACAGGGAGGCUGCUGAGAGCUUCAGGCACAGCUACACCCUCACAGCGGAGCGGCCGGAGAUCACGCAGGCCAAGAUCAACGCAGCCAACUUCAGUGAGAUUAAAUACAGGGAGUCCUGGAAGAGCCUGAGAGCCCAGGGCUACAAGCUGACCAUGCAGGACAUCCCAUUCCAGGCAGCCAAGGCCUCCACGGGCAUCGCUAGUGAUUACCAGUACAAGCACAACUUCCUGCUGGAGAAAGGGAAGCACAUUGGCGCCCGCAGCAUCCUGGACGACCCGCAGCUCCUGCACUGCCUGCAGGUGGCCAAGCUGCAGAGCGAGCAGGAGUACCGGCGGCACUCCCGCUCUGCCAGUGCGGGCUACCACCUCUCCCUGGACAUGAUGCAGCUCAGCCAGGCCAAAAAGGCCCAGGCGUUGGCCAGUGACCUGGACUACAGGAAGAGGCUCCAUGAGUACACAGUGCUGCCGGACGACAUGAAGGUGCAGCAGGCUAAGAGGGCCUAUGAGCUACAGAGUGAGAAACUUUACAGGUCGGAUCUGAACUUCAUGAAGGGUGUAGCCUGGGAGGCUUUAGGAACACCACAACUGGAAUCAGCCAAGAAGGCAGGGGAGCUCGCCAGUGAGCGCUUUGUAAGACACCCAAAGCGCGUCACAGAAGCAACGGGGAGCCACUUCACCAACCACCACUGUAUAGCCCACACCUGGAUGAUGAGAUGGCAGCCAUUCUACGCAAUUGGGGUGUGGCCAGCUCCUGUUUUUCUCUGGUUCCAGCGGCUGUACCGGGCAGGAGAUUCGGAUGCCCUACAUAGAUACACAUUACCUGUCGACCACCCGGACUUCAUCAGGGCACGGAUGAACGCCCAGCACGUCAGUGAGAAAGCCUACAGGACGUCUGGGGAGCAGGUGCGCUCAGGCGGCUAUGACCUGAGGCUGGAUGCCAUUCCCUUCCAGACUGCGAAAGCAUCCAGAGAGAUCGCCAGUGACUUCCGCUACAAGGAGGCAUUCGUAAAGGAGAAGGGCCACCAGGUGGGGGCCCUCUGCGUGGAGGACGACCCCCGCAUCAAGCACUCACUGGCCGUCAGCAAACUCCAAAGCAGCCACCAGUACAAGAAGCAGUCGCAGGAGAGCCGCUCGCAGUACCGGCUGCACGCCGACCAGCCCGAGUUCCUGCAGGCACGGCGCAGCCAGGCGCAGGCCAGUAACCGUGGUUACCGGCAGCACCUGCACAGCUACACCUGUGACCCCGAGCAGCUGGCCCUGAAGCACGCCAAGCGGGCCUAUGGCCUGCAGAGUGACCUGAACUAUAAAUCAGACCUGAACUGGAUUCGAGGUGUUGGCUGGACCCCCCCCGGCUCCCACAAGGUGGAGAUGGCCCGGCGGGCUGCUGAGCUGGGAUUGGCUGAGGGGCUGGACCCUGAACAGGCCAUCGCCCAGUAUCAGCAGAUGAUGCAGCAGCAGGUGGCAGUGGUGGAGAACACAGGGGAGCUCCAGCAACCGGCCAUAAACCCUGAUGCCAUGGAGGUCCUUCACGUAAAGAGGAUGAAGACCAUCCAUAUGGUGAAGAAGACCGCCAAGUAGAUCACCCUCCGCUCCCCACUCACAGCCAUCUUUGCUUUUGUAACAUCACCAUUUGUAUCCCUGAGUGUUUACAGUGAGUCCUGUUCGGGAAUAAUCAGUGUGUCUAAGAUAUUUUAGCUUCCAAGGAAAGGAUUGGGACUGAGGGCUUGCAGAAUGUGGUCAGAGCUGAUGGUCGUGGCUGGCAUGAAGACUGGGAAGCAGGAUGAAGGGGGAGGUUUUAGGGCAGGUCAGUGGUCAGCUGGUGGAUUUCUGUGUGUGAGAUCCAUGUUCAGCUUCCAGCAGUUCAUUGCAGAACAGGCUCAUCUGUCAGGUGUGUGCUGUAACCUCACUGGGAUUUGCUUUAGGUUUCUGCUAAUAAAGUCUUUUGCAGCAAAACUCUGUCUUUUCAA